GAGAGAGAGAGAGAGAGAGAGAGAGAGAGAGAGAGAGAGAGAGAGGCACAGUGCCGCGUGUGCCGCGUGGUGGUCGAACACGUAUUUACUGGAGCAUGCGGCAAUAAAGUAAGGACUCAUCGACUCCAGCGCGUGCAUGUUCAACGCCAAACGAUGGCUGGACCACGCGUUUGCCGGCUCUUUGUCAUCCUGGGAUACCUGUCGCUCGUUUUGGUGCUCGCCCAGAACCCCGUGGAGGAGAAGACCACCUUCGAGGCUGCUUUCCAAGGAAGAUGCGGGCACGGCUCGCCGUGCGAGCAGCUCUGCUACGAACUCCACGACGGCAUGUACGAGUGCGACUGCAGGGAUGGCUACAUUCUUCAUAAAAAUGGAUACAGUUGCGCCGAGCUCAACUCGACGUCCCCGUCGACCAGCGAGCUCGGCGAGCUCAUCGACGAGGUCGAGAGCGGCGAGGCGAACGCCGACGCCGAGGACGACGAAGACGCGGUCGAGGACAUCCUUUACAUGCGCGGCGCUACUUUCACGAUACAUCUGGAUGGUCCGGCCGAAAAUUCCAGCAGGAACGCGACGAAGAUAAACGAGGAGAACGGCACGGAUCGGCUCGAGCUGCGCGCCACGUCUCAGGGUCCAAAUCUGGAGCAAAAACUGCCAUCUACGAUGGAGAGCAUCGUGAGCACCGAGCCGGCGUGUUCCUUGGACUGCGGACCCGCUGGAAAUUGUUAUAUCGAGCAAUCUCGCGGAGAUGAAGUUGAUGUGGUGAUCGAGGACGACGACGAGGGAGCCAUGGAUCUCGAGGGCAAUAGCGUGAACCUCAGGCGGAAGCAGGAGACGUUCAGGCAGAGAUGUCAGUGUCCACUUGGAAGGGGCGGAGAUCGUUGUCAGCUCGAGGCCGAAGUGAGAUCGCCGCGUUUCACCGGCUCCGGCUGGCUGGCCUUUCCCGCUCUAAGGGCUGCCUACAAGCACGUCCAAAUGGAGCUGGAGUUCCGGCCCGAAGCGUGGGACGGCGUGCUCCUGUUGGCGGGCGAACGGGACGACCUUCAGGGCGAUUUCAUGGCCCUGAUUCUGCAUCACGGUUUCAUCGAAUUCAGGUUCGAUUGCGGCAGUGGUGUGGGCACGGUGAGGAGCACGGAGACGGUGAGGCUGAAUGAGUGGAACACCCUGAGUGUCUACAGACAUCGAUGGGACGCCUGGAUCCAGCUGAAUCAGGAGAAGAGGGUGGAGGGACGCUCGAAGGGCUUGUUCUCGAGGAUUACGUUCCGUGAGCCGCUCUUCGUCGGCGGGCCCGGAAACACGACCGGCUUGGAGCGACUUCCGGUGAGGACCGGAUUUAAGGGCUGCAUCCGGCAUUUGGAGGCGAACGAGCACCACUAUCGCUUCCCGUUGGCCCCGCAGGGCGACGCCGCCAACGGAUUCGACGUCGAGGAGUGCACGGCCGACAGGUGCAGCAAGGUGCCGUGUUCCCACGGUGGAAAAUGCCUGACAACCGGAGGCGACACGGCUGUCUGUCUCUGCCCGCUCGGCUACACGGGCGAUCUCUGCGAAACCCGGGUGGACCUGCAGGUUCCAUCCUUCAACGGAUCCUCUUACCUACGUUAUCCGGGAUUGGCGGACACGUCGCUGUCGUGGCUGGAAUUGUCCGUCACGUUAAAACCGACCGCGCAGGACGGCGUGAUACUCUACAACGGCCAUCACAGCGACGCCACCGGUGACUUUAUUGCGCUCUAUCUCUCCUCGGGCCACGUGCAGUUCACCUUCGACCUCGGUACAGGACCUGCCACUUUGAGAAGCGAGAAUCCAGUUCGUCUCGGCGAAUGGGUCGAAGUUCGGGUCUCUAGGACAGGUCGCUUGGCGUCCUUGGAAGUCGAGGACGGUCCUGCCCAGGAAAUCCUGGCGCCCGGAGCGUUCACGCAAUUAUCCUUACCGCUGAACCUCUAUCUCGGCGGCGCGCCCUCGUCCGACAUGUAUUCGCCGAAGAUGAAAACUACGGCCAGCUUCGUCGGCUGCAUUCAGACGAUCGUGCUGAAUAAUCGCGAGGUGGGCAUCCUGGCCGAGGCGUUGGGCGGAGUGAACGUCGGCAACUGCGGGCACGCGUGCGAAGCGAGACCCUGCGGCGACGCGGAGUGUCGGCCUCUUCGGGAGCGAUUCACCUGCCGAUGUCGUCCGGGGGUGCCACACCCUUGCCCCGCGCCGGACGACUACACGCCUCUAGUGCCGCCGCCGGCCAAGAGCAACGCCGUGACGUCCGUGAGAUACGAGAGGGCCGUGCCGAGCUUCACCGGCAGCGAGAGCUACCUGCAUUACAACGACGCCGACACGAUGAAAAGGAUAAUCAGCUACAGGGUAGACAUCAACAUGAGAUUCCGCGCCAGCAGCAGCAGCGGCCUGCUGCUCUGGAGCGGCCGGCAGUCGGAUCCUCAGGAACAAAGGGACGAGAACGAUGACUUCCUCGCCCUCGGCCUGGAUCACGGUUACCUCACCCUCGCGUACAAUUUGGGCUCCGGGGAAGCCGUGCUGCGAUACAAUAUCACGCGACUGGACGACGAUCUGUGGCAUCGUAUCAGGGCGGUUAGAAACGAACAAUGGGCGUCUCUCGUGGUAGAUAGCGGCACCGGGGUCUCGGCAUCCUCACCGGGCCAACUGAGACAGUUGAACACUGAUACCGGCCUUUACGUUGGUGGUGCGCCAGAUAUCGUGAGGACAACAGGCGGCAGAUACGCCAAAGGCAUCGUGGGUUGCAUCAGCGACCUCGUGUUGGACUCGGACUUCUCCGUCGCCCUGUCGUCGCCCGCACAGGCAACCAACACGCACUCGUGCAUCCCCUGAAAGAGAGAUACUCGUGCCGUCCGACGUCAGGUGGUGUCGGGCCCUGCCCGAAGCUAGGAUAUGAAAAUUUAAGGAUAACGAAAUCACUCAUACACACACACACACACACACAUACAUUUACACACUACACACAAGACAACUAUGACAUACAGCAUACACACACAUACACACGCGUAGUACGCAUACACGCUGGGAAGAGAAACGAAGUAACACACUCACACACACACACACACACUGGCGAAGCCGAGCGGCGGCACUCGCGCCCCCGCGGGAGGGAGAGUGCCACCCCUUACUACGAAAGUGCAUCUGUCUCUCGCGCAUUCACGGCCACGGAUCCGGCGAUCCGCGCGCGGUUCAUCAUUUUUGUACAGACUCAACCUUCCACGGUGGGACUCUCCGAGUGAAGGGAGAUCGAGUGGAUCGGCGACCGACCAUCGUCGAGAGCGCGGCCAUCGAAUGGUGGUAGGCGGCUUUAUUGUAAAUAUUAAUAAGGCGAUCCUCUUCCCCCAAUCCUCCUCUUCCUCCUCCUUCUCCUCUUCCUCUUCCUUUUCCUCCUUCUCCUCCUCCUCCUCCUCCUCCUCUUCCUGAUCCGAGAUACGCGACGAUGCAGUAUCUAACGCUUGCCUCGCGGCAUUGAUCCUUGACGCCGUGACUUCCUGUCGAUCCUUGCGGCCGGUUGCACCGAUCGGGCAUGCCGGGUACCUCCGGUGCCGUCGUGAGAAGUCGAAGCUGCCUAACGAAGGUCGUGCGCGACUGACCUCGCGUGAAAGCUCGUUCGUUAGAUACGACUCGUGAACGGGUAAAAUUAACCCAAUUAACGCCGCGUCGCUUUUCUACGUGCGAAAGUCGCGUGGUUGUUUUUUUUU